GAGUGAGAGAGCACUCCCUGCCCAGCUGUGUAAGGGAGGGCUGACAGCAUUACCACCACUACCACCACAACCACCAAGCAUGAAGCUCCUGGGAAUUGCCUUCUUUUUCUUAGCUGUACUCUGUGUUUGUGCUGUGGGAGAAGAUGGCAUUCCAACCCCUACUCUCAGUUCAACCAUUUCUGCAUCAGGAUCAAAAUCCGUAACAGAAUCUAUGAAGACAUCAACUUCACAAGUAACACCAUCGCAAGCGUCAGUGCCAACAACAACUGCAAUUGGAGCUACAACUGAAUCCAUCACAAACACAUCCAUGUCUUCUUUGUCGAAUGCUACACAAGGUAUAACACAAGAUACAACAACACAAGCAGUGCUAAAAGUGACAACUACAACACCAAAUGAAAGUUUCAGCACAAUAAACCCUACACAAGCAAGUGCAACAGAGUUGCCACAAAAUGGGAGUUCGGAAGAUUCAUCUACUAAGGGAUCGUCUUAUUCUUCUACAGUCUCUCCAGAAAUAAACACUUCUGCUUCUGGAACCUCAGGCCUUACCGUGAGGUCUCCAACGGAAUCAACAACUUCUGGCAGUCGUGGAAGCAGUCCUGGAGAAGAUGAGAAAGGGACAGGGAGUGAUAUCCACUAUUCUAGUAUUAUCUUGCCAAUUGUUAUCACCCUGAUAGUCAUUACCCUCUCUGUCUUCUCACUGGUGGCUUUGUACAAAAUGUGCCAGAAGAAAACUCCAGAGAGACAAGAGAAUGGCGCUGAACAGGCCCAGUCAGACAAAGAUGGAGUCAAACUUCUUUCUGUAAAGACAACUUCUCCUGAGACUGGGUUUUGGCCAUGUGUUUCUCCUAGUGACAUUUCCGAGGCUGACCAAUAGCUGCUCUCUCCUUUUGUCUGAAUCCUUGGGAAGUCCUCUGAAAUACAGCGCUUUGUCUGAACUAUCCUCUACUUGCUGGAGAGGCACAGUUUGGACUCUCCAGCCUUCUCUGCAACUCCCAGAAGCUUUUGUGCAAUCCAAAAGACCCACAUGGCAUCUCUUGCAGGCCUUGAAACAAACCAGAGUCGUGCAAGGUCCCUACAGCCUCGCCAAUACUGAGCAGCAUGGUAGGAGGCUAGAGGAGCAGAAGGGCCUGCUCCAUCACAGGAUGCAUCAUUCUGCCCCACUGCACUUAAGUGACUGCAUUUCAGAGCUUUGUGAUUUGGGAAAUUAUUAAUCUUAGUUUUGGGGUGGUUUUUUUAGUAUUUGUCUUUGGGAAUGGACUUCUGGCUUUAUUUUGAGUACAGAGUUGAGUAUAUGCUUUCCUAAAUUAAUAUUUUAUUUUUUUUGUAAUCUGAAUGAAGUCAGAAACUUAUUCAUAGACAUUUUUUGAUUGAUUCUGCCCUCAUGCCCUUUCAACAACAAAAGAAUUCCAUUGUCAGCAGCAGAAUUUUUUGUGUUUUACAGCAGAGUACAUAAGAAAAGUUGCAGGUUCUUUUUUUUUUUUCCCCCCACAAGAUGAACUCUGGUGCCUGUUAAUCAGCCACUAGUUCACCAAGUAUCUGAAUAUCUUUCAUCCAGAGUAUGCUUGAUAUUCUUUUUUACUGAAGUAGGAUGUGUACAUGCUAUAAUUAGAAGGUAUGAGUCAUAACCACUUAGAAGACAAGAUUCUUGCCCUCUCCUCAUUAAUACAAUUCAUAUUUAAACUACUGCCAUUUUCUCUCACAUUCUUACAUCAUUAUAUGUUUCAAAAUUAAAUAUGCUUUCACAGAAAGUGAAAUCCUGGUUUUGCCCAGGUUUUUAGAGUCACUUUACAUCUUAAAUUAAAAACACUCUGACAGAAGGUCCUGUUUCUUACAGAAAUAUUUGUCACUCAUGCAGGUAUUUUCAAAGAUGGUAUUUUCAAAGAUGUUAGGUGCCUGCCCAUUUGAAUCAGAUUUACUUGCUUCCUUAAAAGCUUGGGCAUAAAGGCAAGUGUUUCUUAUGGUAUAGAUAGACUCGAGAACUGUCUGACCUGUGGUCCUUCUUACAACUGCUGACAACAAUUGCACUGCAUAAAACUUCUUUAAAUGGGUUCUUCUUUUUCCUUCAUCCAGCUGUUUACAAAGUGUGUGUUGUGGCCUCCUCUGAUUGCAUGUACCAACAAAACGACAAAAAGUUGUGAUUCAAAAGACUAAAGCUAGGAAGUUCUUUAGAGCAGCCUUAACUUUACAGGUAGAUCUACAUCUUCCUCUAUCAAUAGGCUGCUCAGGUGCCUAAGCUCAAGCAUAUAUACAAUGAAGUUCUGCUUUGACAUGUAUUCAAAUUAAGCUCUAUUAUAAUUAUACAUUAUAUUUUUUUAGUUUUUACUUUUCAUUCCAAACAGAAGAUUUUGAGAUUAUAUAAUUGUGUUUAAAAAGUGUAAAGAAACCCCAUAUAUACUGAACAAAUAAGGAUAUGACCUACAAAUUGUUCAAGCAAGCAACCUAGAUAAACUUAUUCUCAGUGUUGUGCAUGAUAUACCUUGAUCAAGAGUUAUGAUGAGUUUAAUCUUGCCUUAUUUUAUCUAUCUAAAAGCUAUGCCAGCUGCACAUAGUUGAAAGAGAUGUAUGUGUCCAGAGGGCUAUUUAUCCUGUCUGUCUUGGAUAUGUACCUUGAGCUGGAAUGAGCUGACCUAUGGCAGUCCACUGACUACUGAAAGAUCCUAUUUUAGGACUUCUAAAAUUAACUUCUGAAUAUAAAAUGAAAGAAAUAGAAAAGGCUCCAUUUUCAGGAGCAUAGCUGAAUCAAAUUUAAUAAAGAAUAUUAUUUUAAAUACCUGUAAUUAAUGUGAAAGAAUACAGGAAAACAAUAGUUGUCAAUUAAUCCUGGACUAAAAUAAUGGUUUUUAAUAGAGUAGUAUCAUCAGGAACACUAGGUAAAAUAGAGCUUUAAUAUUCUCACUUUUUAAAACUCUUCUCAGAAAGAUGGAAUUGCUGAUGCUUUGAGCUCUAAGGUACAACUGGUUGUGCCUUAGAAUUUAUGUAAAGUAAAAACAACAGACAGAGAAAACUAAACACCUUGAAUUUUUCAUGCACAUUUGCCAGUGAACUGCAAUGCCUGAUGCAAGAUAAGUGCCUGUAGUUGCCUCUUGAAAGGCUCAGGAUAUUGAAUCAUCUCAAAAGUUUUACACUAAUAUACAAAUGCAAGACUUAUGGCAGCCAUUUCAUGUUGACUCUAGAGGUAAAUUUAGGGUGACCCUCCCUAGGGAGAAUAAAUGGUCUUCUACAAUACAGAGUUCUAGAAAAUCUACCUGCAGAAAUAUUUCUUAUUUGAGGUUCAACAUAGCUCACAGAACUGCACAUUUGGCUUUUCAGUGAUAGAUAUAUUUCCUGAGAAUAUAAGAUGAAGGGUUCUAAUUGAUGACUAAGAGAUCAAUACCAUCAUCCAUGGUGUUCAAGUAUUGGCUGUCUUGAAAACAGACCUAACUUUUUAUGUAAGGGUUCUUGCGUGUUACACUGAAAAACCAGUAAAGGUAUUAAUCACCUAUUUUGGACUCAUGAAGAAUGCUGAGGGAUGGAAAUUCCUCAGGUACAGAAAGGUUGAUGAAUAGAGAUUGCGGUAAGGCUACUCCAUACAGAUGAACGAUGUGUGAUCGAAAUAUUGAUACUUAAGUAAUGACUUGACAAUUUUCUUUUAUGGCCCUUGCCUGGAGUACCCAUUCUAGAGCACGUAAAAGGUACAUAGUAGCAGCACACCAGUUGGGUAUUCAAUAUAAAGUCCAUAGGAAUGUGCAGGUAACAUAACAUUUCAGAGUUGUUCAGUAUAAUUCUGGCACCUAAGCAUAAGCUGAUUCAUUAGGGCAUGAUUUCUAACCAGAGUGAGCUCUUUUGAGAUAAUAGGGUAGGAUAUGACUUACUCGACCUGCAGAGGUAUUGUCUGUUCUACACUGAAUUUUCUGAAAGGAUAUUCAAGGUGUCAAAGCUUGGUGUCAAUGUGGCUCAGAUUUUGGUGAUGCACCUGGAAUGGAAGGUGGCUGGAAAAGGAUCCCUGGUAUGUUUGCAUUAUGGCUUCCCAAGGUACUCACUGUGGACAAAAAUGAAAAUUCAAGUGUUGCUACUAAACAGAGCUGUGAAAAUGUGCCAGGCAAACAUGGAUAUUUGAGGAGACACCUAACCUGUCACAUGAAAACCACCUUUAACAUUGUAAUCACAUUGGAGAAAGGGAUCAGUCAACACCUAGAGGUGUUCUCAGAUGGCAGUGCAGUACAAAACAGCAUGAACCGAGGAUGCAGAAGAACUUGCAUUCCCCAUAUGCUCCACAUCUCUUCCAAAAACUGCUAUUGUUCAACAGUAAUCAUGACCUUACAGCUGUUAUCUCUUACUUCAACUGGCUCUACCUCCUCUCUGAUUUUCAUAACAUGUCUUGGGCGCAUCCCUUGCACAAGAUGAGCUGCCUACCUUGACGAUAUAUGGGAUUUCAUGGCAUAGAUUAGUCGGACCCUAGAACUUCAGCCUAUUUGAGAUGACCAUAGUUUUUGCCUAUAUCAUUCCUCCAGACUUCCCGCUUUUCUGAAGUCUUCUUUGUAAAGACUUUGAGAAUUCCCAACCUUCCACAUCAGAGGCUGGUGACUCUAUUAUACAUAGUGACCAAACACCAUAAUCAUCCCAGAACAAUGAAAAACCCCUUGCUCUCAUUCAGCAAAAAAACUUACCUUGGUCACUGGAAUGCAAAUAAAGUUCAGCAUCCCUCAAGACAACCCAGUGUGGUGCUCGGCUUUGGACUUGGAAAAUCCUGUGAUCUUCUGAAACAAUGUAGUUGAAUGACAGUAUCAGCAUCCCUGCUUUCAGUCAACCUCCAAGCGCUGAGACUGUUUAACUGUUCUGCCUCACACAUCAAACCGUAGAUGUGGUUUUGGUAUAAUGGGACAAAUUGGGAGCUGGUUCCUGCUAUGCUGAGUACAUCUGAGCAUGGACCAUGGCAUUUAAGGAGGUAAGAAAUCUUUGCAUUUUACCUCAUUAAGGGCUCAACCCAGGGAAAUUUACCCCUGCCAGGGGGCAUGGUUCUGUAGUGGGCCAUAGGGUUUCUCAACCUGCAUUGGGACUUUCAUCUCUUUCUCAUUGUGUCUAGUAUCCAGGUGGAUGCCUGUAGGAGCAGUUGAAGAAGCUGAGUUCCCAGGUGAGGCACUCUGUCAUUGAAAAUUCCCUUCCCUCUUCCUCUCACUUGCAAGAUGAGCAACAUAGGUGAGCAAAGAGCAGUCUUCUGGCAUGCUGUGUGCUUAGGAAUGGUAAGAGAGGGUGUUUCUACUAAUAUGAGGAUAUGAUAUUGAUUAUUUGUUUUUCCUAUUAUGAGAUGUUGCUUCAGUGCCUUACUUUUUUUCCCCUGCAGAUAGGAAACCUAGAAGCUGCUUCAUAGAAAAGGAUCCCCCUACAACAGAGAGAAAAAUCAAGCACCUUCUUCUCUUUCCUUCUCUUUCUCAUUUUCUGACACUAUAUUUUUUUAACCUUGUAUUGUAUAAUAACCUGAAGUUGUGUUUUCUGUCUUCACAGAAACUGAAGAAUAAACUUUCUCAGCUUUUGCA